UGGAGCUUUUUUUAUACUAAAGUUCAGUCUGGGGGGUUUUCGUGUCCCUUGAAGAAGCGCUGCUUAGGGUAGUCACCAUGCUCUUCGUAGGCUCAGCUGCCAGCAUGUUGUGGUCUUUGCUGUACUUUUUCUACAAUCAUGUCCUCCUGGUCAGCAUUUGUUGCUUUGUGGCCUCCACAGUGGUGCUGCAAUGUAUGACGCGAAUCCGCAGCUCCAUGAAGAUCGACCGAGCGCAGAAACUGCGGGAUCAGGCUCUCCGACUGAUGGAAAAACAUGGCAGCGACUUCAAAAAACAGCACGGUGAUGUGGAUGCGAGUGGGAUCCUCUCGCUGACCCUGUGUGAACUGGCCAGUCAGUUGAAGAGCGGUUCGCUGUCUCCGGAGGCCGUGCUGCACGUCUACAUAGAGAAGGCUUUGGAAGUGACGCGGGAAGUGAACUGUGUGACGGAUUUCCUGGCAGAGUGCGAGGCGCAGCUGCAGGAGCUCAAGAAGCAGCCGGAGAAAGGUCUUCUCUAUGGAGUGCCGAUCUCCCUGAAGGACAACUUGGGAUACAAGGGACAUAACAAGCACUGCGGUCUGGUCCAUUUCCUGGGAACGCUAGAUGCCGAGGACAGUGCGCUGGUCCAUGUGCUGAAGAAACAGGGAGCCAUCCCAUUCGUGAAAACCAACGUUCCCCAAUCUCUGAUCAACUUUGAUUGCAGUAACUCCAUCUACGGACAGACUCUGAAUCCGCACAAUCACAAGAAGACGUGUGGGGGCUCUAGCGGGGGUGAAGGUGCUCUGGUCGCAGGGGGCGGAGCCAUCCUUGGAAUCGGCACUGAUGUUGUUGGAAGUAUCAGAAUGCCGUGUAGUUUCUGUGGAAUCUGUGGCCUCAAACCCUCCGGAAAUCGGCUGAGUGAGAAAGGAUUGCUGUCUCCAGUCAGCGGGAUGAAAUCAGUUGUCAAUAUGCCGGGCCCCAUGGCACGAGAUGUGGACAGCCUGGCCCUGUUUAUGAAAGCCGUUCUCUGCGAUGAAUUCUUCCAGAUGGACCACACCAUCCCACCGAUACCGUUCAGAGACGAGAUCUAUAAAUCCACAAAGCGUCUGACCAUUGGAUUCUAUGACACCGAUGGAUAUUUCCUCCCCCAUCCGAGUGCCAGGCGAGCAAUCCAGGAAACAAAAACCCUCCUGGAGGAGGCGGGACACAAGCUGGUUCCCUUUACUCCCCCUAGAAUUGAAUACGCCCUGAACGAGCUCUGCAUCCGCGGAUUCUUCGCUGACGGGGGGAAGACGCUGGUAGAGAAAUUUAAGCCGGACGUGGUGGAUCCUCACCUGAAGCAGCAGCUCCUCCUCUGGAGAAUCCCGGGCAUCCUGAAGAAGAUCGGGGCGUUCUUUCUGAGGCCCAUGUACCCGCGAAUUGCCAACCACCUGGAGGCGCACAGCGGAGUGGGCUCGGUGAAGGGUCUCUGGAAACAUUACACGGCUAUUCAGGAAUAUCGCAACGAGUUCGUCGGUGAAUGGAGGAAGCUCGGUCUGGACGCUCUGCUGUGUCCUUCGCUCAGUCCGGCCUUCAAUAUCGGAUCACCCGGGAAACUCUUUGCCGGAUUCAGCUUCACCAUGCUCUUCAAUGUCCUGAAUUUCCCGGCCGGAGUUCUUCCCGUCACCACGGUCAGUGCCGAGGACGAGGAGGAGCUGAAACAUUAUAAAGGAUAUUAUAACGACCUCUGGGACAAGGAGAUCAUCCAGGCGAUGGAGGGGGGUGUCGGCCUCCCGGUGGCGGUUCAGUGUGUGGCACUACAGUGGCAGGAAGAGCAGUGCCUCCGCCUGAUGAAGGAAGUGGAAAGUGUCACCCGCGAGAAUGCGAACAAGUGAUGACUCCGCCCACAGUGAACAAAAACUUCACUAACCUGCCCCUCCCCCCAGCCAACCACAGCAAUCACUGAUCCCACCUCCCCCCCACCAUAAUCACUGAUCCCACCUCCCCCCCACAAUAAUCACUAAUCCCUCCCCCCCACCAACCACAACAAUCACUGAACCCCCUCCCUCUCCAACCACAACAAUCACUGAUCCAACCUCCCCCACAACAAUCACUAAACCCCCUCUAACCACAACGAUCACCGAUCCCCCUUAACCCACAAUAAUCACUACCCCCCCCCCCCCCCUCCAACCACAACAAUCAGUAAACCCCCUCCCUCUCCAACCACAACAAUCACUGAUCCAACCUCCCCCACAAUAAUCACUAAUCCCCCCCUCCAACCACAAUAAUCACUAACCCCCCUCCAACCACAACGAUCACCGAUCCCCCUUCUCCCACAAUAAUCACUAAUCAAUGAUCCCCCCCCCCCCAACCACAACAGUUAUUGAAUUCUCUGCCAGCAAACCACAGCACUCACUGACCCCCCCCCCCCCCCGAAUAAUCAUUUAUCCCCCUCACUAACCAAAAUAAUUACUGAUUCCCUUCCAAACCAACCACCGAUCCUUCCACUGAUCCUCCCUCUCCCCACCAACCACAACAAUCACUGAUGUCCUCCCAAUCCUGUACCAAUUACCAAUUAACCCCCCCAAACCAGUUACUGAUCCUCCACCCCUCACCAACCACACCACCUCUCUGAUCCCCCCUCCCCUCGCUGCCGUUCUUCGUCAUUGUGCUCCGUUGGCUUCCAUCCUCCCCCCCCCCACAUGAAGAUUUUGGACUUCUGCCCUCCUGAUGACCCUCCGGUGUUGGUGAAGCCGAAUCAGGAGGUCUCCUUGCCUUCUAUCUGCCCCCCCCCCCCCCCAGCCCUCUGGGGUUGAAUUGGUUUUGUCCCGGGAGAUCUCCACUUUGCCUUCUGGAACAAUCAUUCAUGGAGGAAGAAAUGUCCAACCUGGAAAGAGAUUUCCUUGUUAGAAAUAAAAAAACAUUUGGAAGUUU